AUGGAGAAACUUAGUCGAGAAGCUCGCAAUGAGGUUGAGGAAAGAAUGGUUGCCUUAAACUUAUGGGAAAAAGCUGUGAUACGUGCUCAGAGUCGAGGCGAAGAAAUAGAUGCUCUUCUGCAGUCAGUUGAGGCUCUAAGUCGCCGCAUUAAUAAUAAGCGGCAAGAGAGAAAUGAGAAAGAUCGCUGUCUUAAAAGUGUCAUAAGAGACGCAUCGGAACAGAACAAAAAAAUUGAAAAGCACGAAAAACUCCUGGAAGCCCUGCGAGAAGAGCAUUCAAAUCUUCGGGCUAAAAUGAAAGAUGUUUAUUCCCAGGAGCAAAAAGGUGCGAACGAAGAGCGGCUGCGAAUUGAAGCGUUAGUGAGAAACUGCAAAUCUGAGUUGAAAAAUUUGAACAGGGAAAUAUCCAUAGGAGAAGAGAAAAUAAUCACCCAAGAACGUACUAUUUACAAUCAGGACUAUAAGCUUCUUCAAAUCGAAAAUCGUCUGAGCAAGAUGCAAGACGAAACCUUGUCAGAAGAAGUUAGAGCUUACCAGGAAGACAUUCAAAGUCUGUCUACUGAAUCAGAAGGGCUAUCUGUAGUGCACAGAAAGCUUUUGACUGAGCUUGAGGCCAUACAGGUCGAAUCGAAACAAAUGGAACGCGCAAUUAGGAAACUCUUGGUUGAGAAAGCAGCUGUGGAUUCGCAGCGGGACAGCGACACAGCACACGUCGAACAAGUCGAAAAGGCUCUGAAGAGGUGCAAGGAUGAGUAUAGCAACAGUCUUGUGGACAAAAAUAUGUUACAACUUAAAAUACGAAGAACUGAUGAGAUCUUGCGGCACUAUUCGGAGAAGGUUUUUAAUUUGGAGAAAAGUCGUCUGACCAUGGAAAAGUGUGUAAAGGAAAGGGAGACCGAUAUUAGUAUCGCGAUGGAAAUGACGGUUGCAACACUGCGACUCACGAAUGAAGAGAAUGCGAGAUUAAGGAAAGAAGUCAACUUUAGACGACUGCAGACUAAUAAACUGGCAAAACGGUAUGAAAUUGAGUUGCUUAAAAUGGCUCACCCAACAGAAGGGAGGUUGGAAAAUCAAACCUUCUACGUGAUCAAGGUUGUUGAACUAUCAUUUGGUGCAUAA